CCACCCCUGAAUAAAACGUCAUUGUCAUGUUGAAAAUUAACAUAACCUAAAACCUUAAAUAUUUUUAUUUACAAUUAAAACGGAUUUUGUUGUUGUAGAUUUUUUAAAUUAAUCUUUAAGUAAAAUGUCAAAUAAAAAUUUAUUUUUUAAGUCCGGGUUUGUACGAGCUCCAUUGCAAAAUGGAGCGGGUCGUUAUGUAUGUCAGUUGCAGCGGAUUGUGUUCAAGUUCUGUAAAUCGAGUGGAGGUAGCCGAGGCUUGAGAGACUACAUCGAGCAAGACUUGGUACAGUUCGCGGAGCAGAACCCCAGCGUGGUGGUCUACCUGAAGCCUCGCAGGCAUCGCUCACCAGUAGCAGUUGCCGAGUAUUUGAACGGUUCACGAGUGUGGAUGAAUUUCAACCAGAAAACCCAUUCGGAGAUAUUGAAAUGGAUCGAGAACCUUCGCACCCAACAGGAUGACGUCGCCGCCACCCGGCUCAGGAAGUACCAGUACACAGAUCAUCCGUCUAUCCAAGGUCCUUGGACGCCGUUCACCUUCAAAGACCCUGAGUUAAAUGUGGCUGAACUGCCCAAUGUCAAGUUUGGUGCCAAUAAUCGCUUGCCGAAAACUGCCACCGAAGAGCUGAGGCUACUGUUUGAGAAACAGAAAUUGGAAGAUGUGAAAACUGCGGAGUAAGUGACUGAUGUAGGUUUAAUAUUGGAUGCCGGCCGUCACGCUAACUGCGACGUUAUAGGGUUUUAUAACGCAUUUCUACCUUAAUUUGUAUCCAAAAGUUAUGAACGAUGCAUGACUUGAACCCCCGAUCUCUCGGGUACCGUCCGAGCGCUCUCACCGACUGAGCCAACCGUUCGAGUUACACAUCGACCGUAAAUCUUGGUAUGUCUUGUUCAACACUCAGGUUGUGCCUUUAUCUACAGGAUCUACUUUACAGUUGAUAACCUGCUUAACCCCAAUAAUUGCAUAUUAGGAAAUUGACUUGAGAUGACGCUCUUUCAAAUCUAAAUUUGUUAUUUUUUCAAGUGAUGUCCCUCACUUCUGGGAUCGUCAUCAAGUCGCGCAUUGUUCAUAAAUUUUGGUUACAAAUAACAAUUAAUACUGGAAAUGAGGUAUAACACCUUAAAAAUAACAUUUUUUUUUCAUUUCUACCUGUUUAUAAUCUGAAUGAGAUAUUAAAUUGAAACAAAAAUUACAAAUAGCAGCGAAGUUUUAUUCGCAUGAGAAAACUGGCCACGUGAUGUAUUAACGGACUGACAAAAAAUGGCAGCCCCACUGUCACUCUUUAAAUGAUAUCAUGACUUAGUAGCCCAACCCACAUAUAUGGAAUACAAUAAUAUGUAUUAAACUUUAACCACGAAUUCCUUUAAAUGUGAUAUUUGUGGCAUUAUUGUUACGUUCAUGUUGAGACUUAAGAUGUCAAGUAUGAUUAACACAGUAAUAUAACCGUAACUGUAGCCACGGCAGCCUUCCAACCGAAAAACAUUGCUUAUGUGUUAAAUAGCCUCCUUCUGGUGGAUUGUCAUUUACUCUUAAAAUAAUCAAGAUAAUGUGAAUGACGGUACUUUUAAUUAUUAACUUAGUUAUACCUAGUUGUGUAUAUAGUUAGAUGGAAUAGAAUUAAUAAAAUUGUUGAUCAAG